AUGGGUUCGGUCCGUCUUUUCCUGAUCUUUGUUUGUCCCCCCAAAGGCGUGAGAGGACGUUGCAGAUGUCCGGGACGGACACGACUUCUUCUAACGCUAGAAGACCACAGGAAGAAACCCGGGACCAGAGCAUGUCGUGAAAGACGCACACGGGGCGGGCGUGCUUCGGAUCAAUGUCCCCAGAAGCAAGGAGUAUGCCUGCGUGUUUCGACGAGAACACCGAAAAAACCUAAUUCAGCUCUACGUAAGAUAGCAAAAGUACGGUUGAGCAAUCGACAUGAUAUAUUUGCUCACAUUCCAGGCGAAGGUCAUAAUUCGCAGGAACAUUCUAUAGUCUUAGUCAGAGGGGGUAGAGUGAAAGAUUCGCCAGGGAAGAGGCUCUGA